AUGAAGAUAAACAGUAAAAGAAAGCAUGAAAUUGUUGAAAUUGAUGAAGAUGAAGAUUUUCCAUAGCACGAAAGUGAAUUUUUAGGAGAAUCCUCAUAUAAAAAGUAUAAAUUCAUAUAGGCCUUUAGUAGACUUAGCAUAAACGAUGAAGAAGAUUCAAUGAAUAUUGAAAAAAAUUAAUCAGACUCAAAUUUAGACCUGCUGUAUUCUGAUCUUACUAAAAUGUUCACCAAAAAUAUAAAAAUUUCUCAUUCAGAAAAAAUAUGCUAUAAAAAGAAACAUUAACAUUAGCACACUGACAAAUCCAAACCUUAGAUCAAAUAUGUAAGAAUUACUGAUGGAUAAAAAGACAUUAAUCUAUUUAAACACUAGCAAAAAAAUUUAGUUAAUGUUAUAUUUAACCUUUGCCAGGAAGUCCAACCAUGCACAAGCGAUAGCUUAGUUCUUUACAAAGGAAACUCUAUGAAUACAUUGAUGAGUAACUUUAUGAACUUUUUACAAAGAACAAAAUUCAUAAGUGGGAAAUAAAAAUCAAUCACUGAAAACAAAUAAAAAGAAUCUCUAAAAGUUAUAAUUGAGGAGAGCGAUACAGAAGAGGAAGGAUAGAAACAAUUAUCUGAUUGA